AAACUGUUCAGGAAAGAUUUACUUUGUGCUUCUAUUCUGUUUGCAGAUGUCUGGACGGGCCGGACGACGAGGUCAAGACCUGGGGGGAGAUGUGUAUUUCUUUGAUAUUCCACUCCCUAAAAUCGAAAAGCUCAUCAAAUCCAACGUCCCUGAACUGAGAGGGCAGUUCCCUCUCAGCAUCUCCCUGAUCCUGAGACUCAUGCUUCUGGCUUCCAAGGCAGAUGACCCCGAGGACGCUAAGGCAAAGGUGCUGUCGGUGCUCAAGCACUCACUGAUCUCCUUCAAGCAGCCCCGGGCGCUGGAGAUGCUGAAACUGUACUUUCUGUUCUCCGUGCAAUUCCUGGUCAAGGAGGGCUAUUUAGAUCAAGAAGGUAAUCCUACAGGCUUUGCUGGACUUGUGUCACAUUUGCAUUAUCACGAGCCUUCCAAUCUUGUUUUCGUCAGUUUUCUUGUAAGAGGCCUUUUCCAUAAUCUCUGUCAGCCAACCAGGAAAGGCUCGAAACAUUUUUCUCAAGAUGUUAUGGAAAAGCUAGUGUUAGUAUUGGCAAAUCUGUUUGGCAGAAAAUAUCUUCCAGCAAAGUUCCAAGAUGCUACGCUCAAAUUUUAUCAAUCCAAGGUGUUUCUGGAGGAUCUCCCUGAGGACUUCAAGGCUGCUCUAGAUGAGUAUAACACAAACGUGACAAAGGACUUUGCCUCUUUCCUACUGAUUGUUUCCAAACUGGCUGAUAUGAAACAAGAACAUCAGCUCCCAUUGUCAAAAGUAGAUUUCUCAGGUCAAGAGUGUGAAGACUCACAACUUGUGUCUCACUUGAUGAGCUGCAGGGAAGGAAGAAUAGCCAUUUCUCCGUUUGCCUGUCUCUCUGGGAACUCUGACGGCAGUUUGCUUCAUCUAGAAACUUCAGACCAUGUCACUCUGCGCACCAUUGGCAUUGAUAGCACUCGGGCUCCUGUGCUGUGGCCACAGGAAUUUGAUCACCAAGGAAGAAGAAUGCAGCUCAAUGCUUAUGUGCUCGAUUUCUAUAAACACGGUUCCUUGACAGGAUUGGUCCAGGACAACAGGAUAAAUGAAGGAGCUGCUUAUCAGUUGUUGAAAGAUUUUUCCCUCACCAUUAAAUCUAUAAGUGUUUCUUUGCGUGAACUAUGUGAAAAUGAAGAGGACAACGUGGUCUUAGCAUUUGAACAACUGAGUGAAACCUUUAAUGAAAAAUUUGAGAACAUUUGAAAAUGAAGUCUAUCCAAACCAAUUAAAAGAUUGCCUUGGGCAUUUUAAAAGUCAUAUUUUAUGAUUCUCAUGCUUUUUGUUGGGAAUACAUAUUUGAUGAAGUAGAAAGGGAAGCAGUUUGGAGUCAGGGUUCUGAUCAAACUUGCCCUGCUCUCCUGUGAGCAUCCUUGGAUGAAUCACUUAGUAUCUCUAAACCUUGGCUUCUUUGUAUCGUUUAGUAACAAUGGUUAUGUCUCAGCUAGUCUGUAGAUUGAUUGAGAAAUGCAAGGAUUUUUAUGAGAUUGAAGAACAAUGUUUGCUCUGUGAGGCCUAAUCAAAUAUUACAUUCUCAACAAUUUUCUCCUCAAUGUUAUAAUUUGUAAAAAGUCUAUUAAGGCUAGAAUAAACGAUUACAGUAUCCUGACAUUGAAUUAUAUUCUCUCUAUUUAAUUUAAAUGUGAUUCCAUGACUUAGAUAUGGCUGUUGGAAGAGUACCUUUUAGUGAACUUAAACUACUUUUUAUAAAACAUGAUGGGAGUUUGGUAUAAAUUCCAUGGUGCUUUAAAUAAAACAUACCUGAUGAUUUGGCUUGAUUUUAAUUCUACAUAAGUAACUGAAAAACCACGAACAAAUAAAAUGGGUUUAAUCUA